AUGGCAGGAGGUGCCGAGGAGCGGGGUGCAGAAGAGGGGGAUGGAAAGGAAGGAGGAGGAGAGGAGGGGGGAGCAGAGGAGGGAGAAGAGGAGGAGGGAGCGGAGGAGGGGAUUGCAGUAAAGGGGGUUGCAGAGGAGGGGGCUGCAGUGAAGGGGGUUGCAGAGGAGGGGGCUGCAGUAAAGAGGGUUGCAGAGGAGGGGGCUGCAGUAUCAGCAGCAAGAUCGAAAUCACUGGCAGUGGCAGCAAGAGAGCAAUGGGAUGACGAGCAUGUGGGGUCGAUGACGGAGACUGGGGCUGUGUGUGCCAUCCUGGACGUGCUGCCACUCGCUGUGCUGCUGGCGGCGAGUGAGGCUGAAGCUCCGAUGAUGGGAGCACAGGUGAUGGACGGCAAGGAUGGGAUGGGAUGGGACAGAGCAGCGGCGACAACGAAAUGA